GUCUGAAAACAGAAAAAAAAAUGCUGCAAAUCACAAUGGGCCAGGCAACAUCCAUAGAGAGAGAUUGGCGAAAAUCUCUUGCUGUGACGACAGUUUACUUCCAUUGUGAAGCAUAGCUGGACUGGACAGUGAAGGAAGAAACAAGGUCUGGAAAAUUUCUCCCAGAAACUGACUAAAGAUGACAAGAAUGCAGCUGAUGACUUACGUUCUACUUCUCACUUUGCAUUUGGGCAAUCAGCGAACUUCAGCUGAGAAACUCAGUGGAAAAUGCAUCAAUCUGGACAUGGCAAAGAGCUCUACUGCCUAUAUAUUCACCCAGACAGACACAACAGACCAGGCAGCGAUUGACUAUAUCAGAAAGGAAUGGCAAGAUAGAAGAGAUUUCCUUAAAGUGUGGGAAUAUGCAGAUACAAGUUUGGGACCAAAUUGCACCAUUCCACUGGGAUUGCGCAGGGAGCAUUUGAUGGCUAUUAAUGCUUAUACUCAACACUCCAGAUUGUACCAGGAGUUUAAUGCAGCCUCCAGAAAGUAUGGAGCAAGUGAUGCCAUCUAUCAGAAGAAGUUCCAUUUCAAAAGUUUCCAUUAUCUCCUCUCUGUAGCUCUGGCUAAGUUUCAGCAAAAGGAGCGGCUCACUUUCCGUGGAGUUCAGAACCUAUUCAAUGCCACAAAGGGAGACAAAGUCCGGCUGGGUCAAUUCUCAUCCACCUCUUUACGCCAGUCAGUAGCCAUGCAGUUCAUGAACAGAAAUUCCAAGUCCAACACGCUGUUUGAAAUAAAGACCAAGCUGGGGGUGCUCAUCAAACAAUUCUCAGACUUCAAGGAUGAAGACGAAGUCCUGAUCCCACCCACCGAGGUCUUCAAAGUUAAAAACAAACCGCAGUGGGAAAAGAAAGACAAUAUGAAGUGGAUCAAGAUUAAACUUGCUUCGAGCGGAUGCGAGGGUAUCAAGGUGAUGGUAGACACUUACAAUGGCAAAUUCGAAGUCAGAAGAGGGAAAAGGAACUUCUCCAGAGUUGGUCAGCUCUUCCCAGGCAGAAAACCUUGUCAGCUUGGAAUGAAAGACAUCACUUCCCAGCUCAACAAUAAGAAACUGGUAGCUAACAGAUUAUAAAGGCUUGAUAAUAGAUAGUGCAUGUCACAUACUGAAAGUGCAUGCUUCAUGGUUUAUAUUACAUUCUUGAUUAUCAAUGCUCGUUAAAUGAUAGUGCACGGUAUAUAACUGAUAAU